GAUUUAUCUACGUAUUGGAUUUUAUGUUGAUGUUAUUCUAAUCUAAAUCGGUAAGUUUGUAGAUUCUUUUCUUCAAGUCUGUGCUUACUCUUAUCAUCUUCAACUUUAAAAUGGGUGAAACGCAAGUAGAACUUUUUACAGAUAUGCUCAGUUAUCCUGGAUACCCAACUCCUCCUUCAACAAUGGAAGAAUCUCCAGUUUCUUACACAACAUUAUCACCUGCCUCUUAUGUAUCGGAAGGCAGUUCUUCUCCAGGACUUAUUACUUCUUCACAGUUAGUAAUUUUGCCACAAAAUGUAACAAUUAUACCAUGUCAGACAUCUGACCUAACAAAUGAUGGUAAUAUUGAAAAAGGACAACCAUAUCUUCAAAUUACAGAAGAACCUAUGGACAAAUUUAGGUUUAGGUAUAAGUCUGAAAUGACUGGAACCCAUGGUUGCUUGAAUGGAGAACGAUCUGAUAAAACAAGAAAGAUGACAUACCCAACAGUGAAAUUACACAAUUUCAAAGGUACAGCAAUUAUACGAUGUUCAAUAUGGCAGAUAAAUCACCAUGGUAAUGACUUUAUGCCACAUGCACACAGACUAGUUAAAAAAAGGCAUGGAAGAGAAGAAGCCGAUGAUCCACAUGAAAUAGAAGUAGAUGAAAGCACCAAUUAUGAGGCAAGCUUCUAUUCUAUGGGCAUUAUUCACACUGCAAAAAAAAAUAUUGUCUCAGAACUCAUAAGGAAAAAAACUAUGCUUAUGCAGGAAGCAGCUCUUAGACAGGACAACAGACAAAACUUAACAAAGAAGGAAGAAAUGGAGAUUAAGGGAUUAGCGGAAGCGGAAAGCAAAUCUAUUAAUCUGAAUAUUGUUUGCCUACGAUUCGAUGCUUUCUAUGUUCCGGAGGAUGAUGUACGGUUUCCUAUCUGUUCUGCAGUAUUUUCGCAUGCUAUCAAUAAUUUAAAAAGUGCCUUGACUGGCGAGCUGAAGAUAGUGCGAAUGGAUCAUUGUACAAGUCCCGCUAGUGGAGGACGUGAAAUUUUUCUUUUAGUUGAGAGAGUUACAAAAAAGAAUAUAAAAGUACGUUUCUAUGAACUGAACGAUAAUGAUGAACUUGUAUGGGAAGAAUAUGGUCACUUCAAUGAUUUGGAUGUCCAUCAUCAGUAUGCCAUUGUUUUAAGAACUCCCGCUUAUAAAGACAGAGAUAUAUCAAAAAAGGUUAAUGUUUUCAUGGAACUGGUGAGGCCUUCAGAUAAUGCAAAAAGUGAACCAAUGACGUUUACAUACACCCCUGUACCAAAACAUUGUAAACCUGGUGCUAAACGAGCCCGGCCAAAUGACUUUGAUAGUGGUGAUUAUGAUACAGGCAGUAGCAGCAUUGGAAGUGCAGCUAUUCCUCGCACUAUACAACAUAUUACUGAAAACUUUAGCGGCAUCAGUUUUUCUGAUAUUGAUAGUGCUGAAUUAAAUAAACUCAUAGGUGAUAUUGACUCGAAAGAAUUCAACAAUCUGUUCAAUGAAAAUAAAAAUGAAUAUGAAAUGGCUCUUUUCCCCAACAGCGCUGACCUUAUGAGUACUGACUUUCCUGUAAAUCCAAAGAGCAAAAAAACCAAGUUAACUACGUCAGGUGAACAAAAUAGUGCUUACAAAGAGGUUGAUAGAGCUUAUCGUGAAAUAACUGAAUUUUUGAAGACAAAACCUACUGAUAUAGAAAUGAUCAAAAACUAUAUAAGGCAUUAUCUAUCGAAUUUUUGUGGACAUUGCAAUGCGGUUCACCUUGCAGUUUUAAUUGGUAAUUUGAAAAUGAUUGAGUUCUUCAUGAAAAUAAUUAUCCAGUAUAGAUUGUUUGAUAUUAUCAAUAUCCAUACUAAAAAUGGCUUGGGAACAAUACUACAUAUGGCAGUCCGUAAUGGAGAUAAUGAUUUGGUGCAAGGCCUAGUAACAAAAUGUAGAGCAGAUAUUUCUGCUGUUGACAAAGAUAUGAAUACUCCUUUACAUCUUGCCUCAGAAGAUUCUACAGGAAACAUGACUAAAUGUUUAAUGAGUGCUCCAAAAUUAAAAUCAUACAUAGAUCUUGAAAACAAAAACGGAAAUACUGCGUUGCACAGAGCUGUAAAAAGAGGAAAUAUAAAAGUAGCUGAAAUUCUUCACCAGAAUGGAGCCAAUGUCAACCAUCGCCACCCUAAAAAUGGUUAUACUCCUUUAAGAUUUGCUGCAGAUAAUAGAGAUACAGAGAUGAUCAAAUUUUUAAUAUAUAAAACAAAUGCAAAUCCCAUGGAGGAGGACUUUACCGGAAUAAAUAUAAUUCAAGCAGUUAAUCAAAUUGAUGAUCUUGAGGAAAUAGUCAGCAUAAUACAAAAAUAUACAGUUGAACAUAAUAUUUCUUGUAAUGACAAUAUUGAUAUUAAAGAAGAACCAGAAGAUAUAGCUGAAUAUGAAAAAGAGAUUUUUGAGGAAGUGAAAGCUGAGCCCUUAGCUCUUGGUGAAGAUUAUCAGAAUAUCUUCCAAAAUAUCGAAUUCACUGAAGAAUGUAUUGAUGAAAUAUCCAAAGAAAUUGAUUCUUCUGGGAAAUGGCAAGAUUUAGCCAUGUUGUUGGAUAUUGAACAUCUGUUAAACUUAGAUCCACUUUCUAAAGAAAGUCCUGGCAAAAAAAUCCUUACAAUUGCAAGAGAAGUUGCCACUGUCAAGGAAAUUCGAGGUUUCCUUGAAGAUUUAGAAGAAACCAAGGCUGUCGAGGCCAUUGAUAGAAUGACUCAUUUUCAUAGUUCUUAAAAACUUUUGUUCCUUUUUUGUUAAAAAUGUCUUUGUCUGAAGGAAUAAUGGAACCUUACAGGCACAUUAAUAUUGUUCAGUUCUAUAAUAAAUGAUUUUCAAAUUGAAAUCCACUAAAUACAUCAAAAAUUGAAGUUUGUUGAAACAUAAACACUUGUAUUUUGAAAUAAUUCAGAGUCUUUCAUUUCUCAUAUUUCUUAUAAAUGCAUUAAAAAUCAUAUCAAUUACCAUUAAGGAUGAGUUUUUGGAUACAAGUUCUCCAGAUAGUCACCAGACCUUCGAUAUGUGCCAUAAUAAUGGUAUCUGAAGAAUAUGUAUACAAAUCAAUAGUAAUUUUAUGGAGUAAAAUUUUCAUAUAAUGCUAUUUUCAUUGAUUUUUGGCAUGUACAUAUAAUAAUUAAGUAUUAUAUUGUUGAUUUUAGUUUUAUUGCUUUGAUAUGUUUGUAUGAAUAUUAAUUAAGAUUUUUUUACUCUUUUACAAAUUCUUGAGAAAUUCUAUUAACAUUGGUUUUUUACAUGUACAUAUAAAAAAAAUGAAGGAUGUAAUUUGUUCAUUUUAGCUGUACUUUUUCUUUAUCAAAUUUGUGUGUGCAAUACAUCUUUAAAAAAUUCUAUUAAAAGUGAUUUUUUACAUGUACAUAUAAACAUAAUAAAGGAUAUAAUUUGUUCAUUUCA